GACUCAGGGUGCACAGGUGUGACAUCAUUUCAACUUUUUGUUUAAAUGACAUGAAUUACAAAAAGCACAUACCUGCAUGUGGUGAAGCUCUCGUGCUCUGGUGGAGGAUGCUGCAAGCUUCAAACUAAUUAACGCUGAUUAAACCAAGUCACGUGCCCCCUUUCCAGUGUGGCAUUUCAAAACCAAAACUCGUGUGAACCAAAACAUCGAAAUUACAAGAUGAUGAAUUAUUGUGCAAAACUUUGUUUGAUUUCUUUGCUUUUUGCCGUCAUAGCUGAGCCCUGUUGGUGCUUCUCAACCGUGAAGCAGGUGAAGAAAACACCUGAGCAGCUCGCCCUGCCGAGGGUCACGUGCUCCGUCCGGAGGAUGAGAGCUGUUUUUGGUCCGCUGGUGAAAAGCAAUAUUCAUGUUAAAGACAGGACAGGGGCCACAAUCGCAGUUCUUGAAGCUGAGGGAUCCUGUGGAGUGAAACUGGGCAGAGAGAAAAACCAGAGCCUCACUUUCUCCAGCAGAUAUGACAGCUGCUACGCACAGAUUGAGGGCAGCAAAGUGGUGGUUCCUCUGCAGGUGCAGCUGACAGGAGAGGAUCGAUGGUUCAGGGUGAACAUCAGCUGUCCUCUGAUAAAGAGACACAGCGAGAGGACUCGGCUUAUCCCGACACCGUUACCUGGAAGCUGUGAUGCAGAAAGAGCUCUGCGAGUGGACUGUGGCCACCAAAGCAUUUCCAGGGACGCCUGCUUCAAACUGGGAUGCUGCUAUGAUGCUCUGGAUUUAACCUGCUACUACAGACUCAAUGCCUGCUCUCUGGACGGACACUUUGUGUUCUUGGUAAAGGCCACAGACGCAGACACGGCCAUCGAUCCCAGCAGCCUCAUAGUGAGGGGUCAGCCUCAGUGUUUCCCUGCUGUCACCACCCCUGACACGGCUGUCUUUAAGAUCGGAGUCACAGACUGUGGCGCAAAAGUGAAGGUAGCCGGAGAUGUGAAGAUCUACGAGCUGGAAGUGGAGGAGCGUCACGUUAAAAGUAUAACCAAACAUUCUCCGUUCAGUCUCCAGGUGCAGUGUGAAUACGAGGCUUCAGAUUUAAAGCGUGCAGCAGACUUGCGCUCCUUGUAUGCAGUGACCAACCCGCCGCCUGUGGUCGCACUGGGAACCAUCAGAGUGCAGAUGAGAAUAGCCAAAGAUGCAUCUUUCACAUCUUUCUUCCCUGACGACCAGCUUCCAGUGACGCUGCCCCUUCGCAAAGCUGCAUAUGUGGAGAUUUCCAUCGCACAGCCGUCUCUUGACCCCACUCUCUCCCUGCGUGUUCGGGAUUGCUUCGCCUACCCGGCGUCCAGACACUCAGUGUGGACGCUUCUCUACGACGGAUGUCCAAACCCUCUGGACAACAUGAGGAGCUCCGUCCCCGUGAGCCACCACAGGAGGACCACCUCUCACUCACAAGUCAGGAGGUUCGAUGUCAAGACCUUCGCCUUCUUAGACCCUCAAACAGGCAAUCCAAGCGUGGAGGAGAUGUACUUUUACUGCUGGGUGGAAAUCUGCACGGACGAUGUUGAAUGUGCACAGCAUUGCGCCAUCGUUUCGUCUGAGGGUGAAAGACAGAGAAGACAGACAAUAUCUGAGUCCGAUCAGGUCCAGCUGGUCUCUUUAGGACCACUGCUGCUGGGACAGAACAGCACUGAACUGGAGGACAAUCCGUGUGUGAAACAGAAGACGAUGUUUCAGGUGACGGUGUACACUCUGUCAGGUGUCGGAGCCGCCCUGCUGCUGAUGCUGCUGGUCACUGUGUGGUCGAGCAUCAGAAAGCGGCGGGAGCCAGAAGCACAGCGAGUUUGCAAAGUACAAGUUGAUGGCGAACACUCACAAUAAAACAUUUCAUCAUCUUUGAUGUGCACUGAAACUUG